AUGGAAGCAAGUGGCGUCCUCGCAGGUGCAAUUGUUAUGGAAGUUCUUCACAAGAAUAACUAUAUGCAUUGGAGUGUAUUGGUCAAAAAUUACUUGUUGGCUCAAGACCUUUGGGAUGCAGUGGAGGCUACAGCUGAACCUCCUAAAGGAGAAGACCAAGACUCUGAUGAUCGGCUCAAGACUUGGAGGAAGAAGAAUGCGAUGGCUUUACAUACAAUCCAAAUUUCGUGCGGGCCAGAAGCUUUUUCGGUGAUUAGAGACAUGACUUCAGCCAAGAUUGCUUGGGAUACUUUGGCAGAAAGGUUGACGCCACAGCCAUUACUUCCAUGUAAUUCGCCUGUUCAGUCUGCAAACUCAUCCAACAACCCAGGACAUGACGCGACUGUGGAUGACUUCCAUCAGCAUCAGCCGUUCUUCAAUGCUGUGAGGAGUGGGGAUUGGAAUAAAGCAAAGGAGUUUCUUACCCUACAUCCCAAUGCAAUAAGAACAAGAAUUCCAUACACAAAAAAGACAGCUCUUUACAUGGCAAUAGAAUUACAGCACGAGCAUAUUGUGGAAGGGUUGGUGGAGUUGAUGACAGAGGAAGACUUGGAAAUAAAAGCUCUUGGUUGGACUGCUCUUGCUGUUGCUGCAAAUAGAGGAAAUCUCAAAAUGGUUGAAUGCAUGGUUGAAAAAAGCAAGAACAUACUUAGUAUUGCCAUUGAGGAAG